UUGAUUUCGUUUUACGGAAACCACUUAUUUCUGUGCUCGGUUGCACUGAUUUUUAACGGUUGUUAAUUUAUUUACAGAUUUUUGAUAAAUAAUAUAAAUUUUCAAAGCACACUAAAGGAGAACAAGGGUGGAUUUUUAACAUACCAUGUCACUUAACAUUAUAAAUGUUAAAGUUUAUGCCAAGAUUUUUCAACGUAUCAUCGGGAAUACUACGAUAAGAUGGAGGUUUGAUUACGUCUGGUAUAAAUAAAUCCCUAUGUAUGCUAUUGUCUUCUGAAUAAGAAAGUAACAGGAUCUAGGACCGAUUAACUUUUCUAUCGAAUCUCUGUAAUCUGUCAUUCACGUCCAUACUGAUAACAUUUGCGACAUUUUUCUGUUGUAGGUAGGGGAAGUCCGGGCAUAGUGGAUAGGCCAGGCAAAGUGAAUACGCUUUAUUUCUUGUCAAGAACAUGUCGGAACACGCGCUCCUCGCGCCAUUACACUCCCCCGCCGGUCCGCAUUCGUGGGCAAACAGAGGUAGCGGAAGGUCGCGUCGCGUUCGAGAUAAAAAUCGAAAAAACCAAAUAUUGAAGUUUUCUUAUUACUUUUCAAGAUGGUAUAUAAAUACAAGAGGAAGACUAAUCAAGCCCAAUGGAGUGAGGACAGUAUGAUGCUUGCAAUAGCAGACUGCAAUUCUGGCAUUCCUGUCAAAACGACCGCAAAAAAGUAUGGUCUACCUUACGCCACUCUCUAUAGGCAUUGGAAAAAAGGUAGUUCGACGGCUCAGCUUGGUCGUUUUCGUAAAGUUUUCAACGAUGGUCAAGAGGGAGAUCUUCGAACGUAUUUGUAUGAAAUGGAUAGUGUUUUUUAUGGGCUAACCCGAGAAGAUUUUAAAACAUUAGUUUUUGAAUACGCGAAACGCAAUAAUGUCACUUAUCCGCCUAGUUGGGACAAAAAUAAAAAAGCUGGUGAUGAUUGGCUAGCAGGAUUUAUUAGAAGAAAUCCACAAAUUACACUAAGAAUUCCAGAAGCAACCACAAUUGGCAGAGUUAAAGGCUUCAAUCGUCCUCAAGUAGAAAGGUUCUAUAAACUGUUAAGUGAACAAAUUGAGAAGUGUCAAAUUGAUGGUACUAGAAUCUAUAAUAUAGAUGAAACUGGCAUUCAGACCUCGACAAAUAAACCACCCAAGGUUCUUUCAGUUAAAGGUAAGAGGCAAGUUGGAGUCAUUUCCAGCACUGAACGUGGACAAACUACGACAGUCGUGUGUUGCUGCAACGCUUCUGGAUCAUUCGUUCCACCGUUUAUGAUAUUUGCACGUAAAAGGAUGCAAGAUCGCCUUUUGGAUGGUUCUCCUCCAGAGACUCGAGGAAGUUGUUCAGCUUCGGGAUGGAUAAAUGGAGAAAUAUUUUUGGAUUGGCUUAAAUUUUUCGUCGGCCACGUACGUCCGACAAAAGACAAAAAAGUUAUUUUACUUCUGGACAACCAUGAAAGCCAUAAAUACUACCCAGCUUUACAGUACGCAACUGAAAAUAAUGUCAUCAUUUUGUCUUUGCCACCGCACACCUCAAACAAACUUCAACCUCUGGACGUGGCUGUAUAUGGUCCAUUUAAAAUAUUCUUCGAGCAAGAAAUCAAUAGAUUUCAAAAGGCUCAUCCAGGUAGGAUAAUCAACCAAUACGAUGUAGCCAAACUGUUCAGUCCAGCUUAUCUGAAAUCUGCUACUCCUAACAAUGCUAUCAAAGGCUUUCAAUCAACCGGUAUCUGGCCAACAAAUAAAGAUAUAUGGGGAGAAGAAGAUUAUGCACCAUCUUCUAUUACAAUGACAGACCGUAAUACCGCUAACCAACAGGAGACUUUUAUAGACUCAAACAGUCAAAAUGUUGAAAUUACGAUUGACAUCGAAAAGCCUUCUACAUCAGGGCUCCAAAGUCAGUCACUGCAAAUUGAUGUAGAACCACUGGAACAGAUUGGAAGAAAAUUUAUUGACAAUGUGAAUGUAGAAGUUGAAGCUGCAGUGGAAAAUAGUAUCAUGGGUAUAGUAUCAGUGUCCAAUAUGAAUCAAAUACAUUCUCGAGAUACAUCGCCUUCAAUUUUGGAUAAAUUACCCGACAAAGAUCCCCUUACAUGCAAUGCUGUUGUAGUAACGGCUGUAGCUGAUAAUACUCAAAAAUUGUCUAAACCACAAGAAGCAAUGUCCACUGAAGAUAUGAAUCAAGGUGCAGAUCUGACUCAAGACAGUAUAGAUAUAAAAGAGGGUCAAUUUAAAGGCAACGAUGAUGAAAUUAUUAUGGACCUGGAAUCAUCUACGGCUCGGGCUUCAGCAUAUUUCAGUCCUAAAGACAUAAGACCGCUUCCGAUGCCACGCGUUUCUGUGGGUACACGUAAAAGAAAGGUUCAAAAGUCUGAGGUGUUAACAAGCACGCCGGUGAAGCGAGAACAAAAAGAAAAAUUUAUAAAAAUUAAUGUCAAAGCAAUGAAAAAUAUGAAUAUAGAUUUAAAUGCUAAACCAAAGACUGCGACAAAGAAAAAUACUAAAACGACCAAAAAUAUAAUUGUUAAAGAUAAAAGCAGUGAUAAGGAAAACGAGGAAGAACAGUGUGUAUGCUAUUAUUGCGGGGAGAACUAUAUAGAAAUAAAUAAAAAACCAGUUGAGGAUUGGAUUCAGUGUGAUAAAUGUAAGCAAUGGAGUCACGAAAAAUGCACGGCUUAUGGAGGAAUAGGCUUAUUCUUUUGUGAUAUCUGCACGGAUUAGGUAAUUUAAAACUAGGCUAAGUACCUAUUUGUGUUCACUUUGCCCUAUCGUCUUAUCCACUUUACCCGACCUAUGGGGCAAAGUGGAUACCGGCAUGUGUUGCAAUAUUAUUGACAAUUAAAAUUAAAGAACUGCUAUUAAGCAAUUUUUGUUGAUUAUAUUAAAAACUUUAAUAAAUGUUGAUUCUCAAUGAAA